CUUGGGUGGGGAGGGUUUCAGUCUGAGGAGGGGAGUUGGGUAGAGGUUAGAGGACCUUGACCCGCAGCAAUCCCAGGCGGUGACCCGGACCUCGGCCCCUGAGGGCAAGAGGCUGACCUUUUCCUGCCCUGCGGUCGCCCCUGCAGCCCCGGAAACAGCUGAGAGGAGCGGGAUGGGAGUUGGGGAGAGAAGGGGAGGGGUUGGAGGAGGGCUGGGAGCAGAAAAGAAAGAGGGAGGGGAUGCGGGGAGGGAAGAGCCCCGGGGAGGGGCCCUGGAAAUGAGAAGGGGGAGGAUAUCGUAGCUAGAGGGGAUGGGCCCUGCGAUUUGGGGAGGGCGGAGCUCCUGGGGAAAGAAGGGUAAACCUGGAGAACUAAAGGAGGAAGAGGGAGGAGAUGAAGGGGAGGGACCUAGAAGAUUGUAGUCUGGGAGAAGAGGAUCCUAGAGAUUGAGAGGGGAAGCCCUGGGGAUAGAGCCCAGGUGAGGGCCAGGUUGCUUCCUGUCCAGGCGGUGGAACGGGCUUCAUUGGGAAGGCCCUGACUCACCUGCUGCACUCCAGAGGCCAUGAGGUGACUGUGGUCUCCCGCCAGCCCGGUGCCCAUCGGAUCACUUGGGUGGAAUGAGGCCUACCAGAAGGAUCUACUCAGCAGCCGUCUAGAUACUACCUACAUGUUGGCCACAGCCAUUACCAAGGCCACACAGCCCCCCCAGGCCUGGGUCUUGGUCACAGGCACAGCUUAUUACCAGCCCAGCCUGACUGCAGAGUAUGAUGAGGACAGCCCUGGUGGUAAUUUUGACUUCUUCUCAAACCUGGUGUCCAAAUGGGAAGCAGCAGCCAAGAUCCCUGGGGAUGCCACGCGCCAGGUGGUGGUUCGAUCUGGUGUCGUGUUGGGCCGUGGGGGUGGUGCCAUCAGCCACAUGCUGCUGCCCUUCCGCCUAGGCCUUGGUGGGCCUAUUGGUACAGGCCAACAGUUCUUUCCCUGGAUCCACAUUGAAGACCUGUCAGGGAUACUGGCCCAUGCCAUUGAGAAGAGCCAUGUUAAUGGGAUCCUGAAUGGGGUUUCCCCAGCCUCCUCUACUACCAAUAGCGAGUUUGCCAAGGCCCUGGGUGCCGCUGUGGGCCGCCCUGCCUUACUCCCUCUGCCCAGUCCUGCUGUCCAGGCAAUCUUUGGGCAGGAACGUUCUGUAAUGCUACUGGAGGGCCAGAAGGUGAUACCUAGGAGGACUCUAGCCAGUGGCUAUCAAUAUGCCUUUCCAGAGCUGCUGACUGCCCUGAAGCAGGCUGUGUCCUGAAGGCACUUAAAGGUCAUUUUCUGAUAGGAGCAUCCUGUACAGAACCUGAUAUGGUAGAUGUGACUAAUUCCUUAAGCAUUUUGUUGAGGCUCUGACAUUCUGUGUGUGUGUGUGUGUGUGUGUGUGUGUGUGCAAAUACCCACAUAGGUAUUCAGCCUCUUGGUCUUAUUAUAUUAGAUAGAUAGAUCACCUUUUUUUCUAUGUGCACCUUUCUUCUCUUCCUCCACAACUAAUUCUGGGGAUAAUGAGCAGAUGGACUUCUAGUCUUCCCUGACCUUAGUUCUUUCCCAGAAAUCUUUGGCCCCUCUCACAAAGUGGACCCUAAGUAAGGGGGACCCAUGAACAGCAUUUGGAAAGGGCAACAAAAGGAAUUUAGAGGGAGAAAGGGGCUGUGUAUAAUAUGCCAUAUAGACAAGUCACCUAUUUUAACUAGCUUUUAUUUGUAUUCUCUGGCCUACCCCAAGAUUUCUUACAUAAAUUGCCAGAAUUCUUACAUCUAUACUGGUCCAAGCUCUCCUAAUUAGACUGAUCUUAGAAGGCAUUGGCCCUUCCUUGAUUCCUUCUUCCACAUAGGAGUUACGCUGCAUAAUACUUUUUUGCCCUCUAAAUUCCUUUUGUUGCCCUUUUUUCCAAAUGCUAGUAAAAAAAUCCCUCUCUCUUCCAGGGGCCUUUUAGUUGUCCUAGAAAGCAAUGAUGUCUACCUCUCCUAGGCAAACUCCUGGACAAAGAAUGAAAACCCAUAGUUAGUCUGUGCAUUUAUAAAGUUCUUUUAUCACUUUACUUUCAUGAGAGGAUUGAAAGUCAUCCUCGUUUUAUAGAUGAGAAAGCUGAAGCUUAGUUUAAGUGACUUGUCCACAGUCACAAAUGGAAGCUGGAACAGAAAGCCAACAUAACCACAAUGCCUGAAUUAAAAUGAGGCUAGAAAAGAAAUGACAUAUUUACAAAUACUGUUUAUAACAAGUCUUUCUGUGGGUUGAUCAUUCAAAGCACCAGGUAGUUAUAGCCCAGCCCUAAGUGGGAUAAUUGUUAAUAUAUACUUUAUUUUGUAAGAAUUACAAGAAUAAAACUUUAAAUGUUAUAAAUAAAGCACUGAAACUAUCUAGACCUUAAA